UCGUCCUGUCGUCCUGUCGCUCACUCUUUCGCAGAAACAAAGAAACAAUUAAAGUGCAGACCGCAAGGCGGAAGGAAGUGCAUACCACAAGUGAUUCCCCUGCCCCAGCGCCGAGUUGCAUGUUGAAUUGUGCCACAAACUUUUAGCCAAGUUGCCCCCAUGCCCCCUGCUGGCUCCUUCGCCUGAGUAAAAUGAAAGCAGACAACUUCUUCAAGUACGGCGCCCCUUUGUACCAACCGAAAAGUGCACGGAGUCACUCGCAGAACCAACCGCAAGCCCACGCCAGCAACAUCGGCCAUCUGACAUCGUCCUCGCUGCUGACGAGCGACGACCUGCGUCAUCUCACCCAGCAGCGGUGCACAGGAUACUCGGACCGGGAGAGCCUCGCCAGCGUGAGCAGUGCGGGUGGUCGGAUUAAGCGGCGAUCAAGAAACUUCCCGAUGAAGUCCUCGAAGGGGGGCAUCAGCAAGAAAAGCAAGACCAUGGAUUACACCAACUACGCCUACAACGAGGCCGUGGGCCGUCUAAAGGUGAUGCUGGCCGACAAUUCCUACGUGGCCCCAAAAUUGGGAGGAGGUGUGUCUUCGUAUUUGCGCAACUUCAACGAGGAUUCCGGGGACAACUUCUCCGACAACCUAUCGGUAAUUGAGCGUCCCGUCUUCUCGGACAUUUCCAAGUACUUGUCGCCCAGCCAGAAGACGCGGAUUAGCUCGUAUCGCCCCAAGAAGAGCUAUACCUCGGGCUAUCUCUCGGCUUCCAAGGAGAAUCUAGCUACCACUCCGGCUCUCUACCCAAGCAGCUCCUCCGUUCCCGCUGCUCCUCUUCCCUCGGAUAGUGUGCCGGCUCCGGUGGAGAUCUUCAGCUUUAUCGAGAAGCAAGAGGACUACAUUGAGCAGCUGGAAAAGGAGUCCAAGUACUGUCGCAAUGAGCUGACCAAUCUGUUGGGCAAAGUCAAGGAUGUGAUCAACGAGAACGAGCAGCUGACGGAGAAUGCUCGUUCCGAGUUGGUGGCUCUUGGUUCGGCUAAGUGCCAGCCACCGAUUGCCACCACGAGUCCCUCCUCGGAUAGUGACGAGCAUUUGGUGUUCGCCAGUGGACGCAAGACACCAACGACUCCGAGAAAGGGUGCCUGCAAGGGUCAGGUGCAGAGUCCUCGCUAUGCGAGUGCCCCGAAUAUCGUCUAUGAGGCCAGGAUUAGCGAACUGGAAGCCGAGCUGAUGCAGGCCAGCAUCGAUCUCCGACGUUUGCGCACUGAAAACGAGGAACUCAAGCGGAAGCUGGCUCACACCGAUCCCCUGUCGACUGUGUCCACCCUAACAGGGAGUUCCAACUGCGAUUUGCACCGCAAACAGCUGGAGAGCCUGCAGCAGGACAAGCUGAGUCUUGAGGAGAGCGUGCGCCACUUGCAGCGACUGCUGGACGAGGCCAAGGCCCAGGGCCAGGGAAGUGCCUCCUCCAAGCGCUACAUCAGCGAUCUGGUGCAGAUGGAGCGCUCGCAGGCGGAGCUGGAGGUGCGCCACCUCCGGGACGAGCUGGACCGCCAGCACGAGCGGGUCAGGGAGCUGCAGCACGAGAUGGCCAGGCGACUGGCCGAGGAGCGGGCCAGUGCCGAGCGGCGCUACAACAGCCAGGUGGACCAGCUGGGCGGCGAUCUCAGCUGCCAGUGGGAGCAGGUGGCCAAGCUGCAGCUAGACCUGGAGCGCCAGAAGCGCUACGAAACCGAUCUCAAGCGGGAUGUGGCCAGUCGCAAUUCCCAGAUCGAGGAGCUCAAAAUGGAGCUGAGAGCCAACAGGACCACCUUUCUGGCGGACAUGGCGCAGGUGAAUGCGGAGAAGCAAUCACUGGAGCAGGACAUCACCUCGCUGCGUCUGCAGUUGGACCGGGCCGCCAGGGAAACCAAGACGGAGGCGGCUCGCCUCAACGCCGAGAUCAACUCCUUGCGGCAGCGACUGGACCGCGGGGAUGCCGAUCUUCUGCACUCCAAACGGGAGGUCCUUCGGCUAAACGACGAGAUAGCAAACCUGGAAAAGGAGCUUGCUUAUGGAGAGCUGAAGAACGAGAUACGACCCACCAAAAAGGACCUGGACAAACGGAUCUCAGAGAUGCAGGAUAAGCAUGCGGGAACGGUAAAUGAGCUUGAGGAAAUGAUUACAUCUCAGAAGCAACUCAUGGAUAAACUGACGAACGAGUGUAAGACCCUGACGGGCAAACUAGAGGACACGACCUACAAGCACAAAGAGGAAAUAUCUGCUUUACAAUCGAAUCUAGAAUAUCUAUCCAAUCGCAUGUUGAGUAAUGAGGAGCAUAUGAGUAAAUUAGAUAGCUCACCACAUGAUUUUACUAGCUUAGUUCCUGGAAAAGCCGCUUACGACUACCAGGCAGCGACAUAUGGCACCCCAAUCGAACCCAUACAAAGCACCCCACAACCACACAACAUCGCCAGCGACGACGACUACACGUCCGCCGGAAUUGGCCUGGUCGAUGGAGCAACUGCCUCUGCCUCUGCCUCGGCAGCGGCCACCGCCGCAGCCAGCAUUGCAGCCGGAGCAGCUGCAGCAGGAGCAGGAUCAGGAGUCACUGGUCGCAAGAGCAGCAUCGCCGACUAUGGACUCCAGGAUAACGAUGACGAGAAUCUCAAGGACAACCUUGGCCUGGGCGAGAAGCAGCAACAGCAGCAACAACAACAGCAGGACCUGGACAGGCAACGCGAGCGGGAGGAGCGCGACCGGGAGCUCCAGCAACUGCGGGAGCAGCGGGAAAAACGCGAGCGGGAGCGGGAGCGCGAACAGGCCGAGCAGCAGCAGCAGGCGGAGCAGCAACAGCAGCAACAACUGCUGGACGAGAGCAACAUUACCAGUGCCGGCAGCGCCAAUCUGGCCGCCUACAACACCGACUACAGUGCCUACGAUCAGCAGCAGUACGAUGCCAGUGCCUACGACCCCAGCGCCUAUGGCCAGCAGCAGUACGAGGGGCAGCAGUACGACUACGGCGAUACCGGGGCCGGAUACGACUACGGUGCUGGUGAAUAUGGACAGUCUGGAUACCAGUAUGACGCCACGCCAGGAGGCGCCGCUGCCAGUCAGCCACAGUCGCAGCCGCAGUCCCAGUACCAAACGCCAGCUGCACCUCAGCGACACCAACACCAGCCAUUCCAACAGCAACAUCAGCUGGAGCAGGAGCAGGAGCAGCAACGAGCCGACCACAAUCGCGCCCGGGCAGUGGAGUUGUGGGGUCAGCAGCUGCGGCUGGAGCAGUCGCCGGCGGAAAAUCCGCUGUGCCACAACAGCCUGCCGCGUCAGCCGCCGGCAAGAAGUAGCUGGAGUCCCGGCUGCGAGGAUCGCCUGCCGCUGGAGUGCUCCAUCAGUAGUCCUAGCCUGAUGCGUUCGUCCAACGAUGAGACCUGCUCCGAGCUGGCGGAUCUCAGCGAGACCUUUUUAGUCCUGGUCGACGACGGGGGUUCGGGGGAGGAACAGAGAGAGGAGGAGAGCUUGUCCCCGGCCCACACCACCAUCAUCACGGCCAGGAGGUCGAGUGCUCCGGCCGUGGUCCAGCAGGCGGACAUUGCCAACGAAACAGUCACCAUCGAGCGUCACGAAUAGGGGCAGCACCGAGUUCUCCAGCAACAGUUUCUUCAGUCAACAUACGUACUUCUACUCAUGUGUUCCAGGAUUAAUCACUGAAAGGAAAUUCAUGUUUUUUAUCUAAUAAACAAAUUAUAAAUCAAAA